AAGACCACAGCCUUCGGUAUGGAUUGCACCUCAACAUAAAUAAAAAAACGUCUUCACAACUGGACCAAUGAGCAACAUCAUGAUAAACGGAGAAAAGACUGAAGUUGUCAAGGAUUUCAUUUUACUUGGCUCCACAAUCAACAGCCAUGGAAGCAGCAGUCAAGAAAUCAAGACGCGUUGCAUUGGGUAAAUCUGCUGCAAAGAAACUCUUUAAAGUGUUGAAGAGCAAAGACGUCACCUUGAAGAAUAAGGUGUGCCUGACCCAAGCCAUGGUAUUUUCAAUGGCAUCAUAUGCAUGUGAAAGCUGGACAAUGAAUAAGGAAGACCAAAGAAGAAUUAAUGCCUUUGAAUUGUGGUAUUGGUGAAGAAUAUUGAAUAUACCAUGGUCUGCCAGAAGAACGAAUAAAUCUGUCUUGGAAGAAGUACAACCCGAAUGCUCCUUAGAAGCAAGGAUGAUGAGACCGCAUCUUACAUACUUUGGACAUGUUGUCAGGAGGGAUCAGUCUCUGGAGAAGGACAUCAUGCUUGGCAGAGUACAGGGUCAGCGGAAAAGAGGAAGACCUUCAACGAGGUGGAUUGACACAGUGGCUGCAACAAUGAGCUCAAGCAUAACAACGAUUGUAAGGAUGGCGCAGGACUGGGCAGUGUUUCGUUCUGUUGUGCAUAGGGUCGCUAAGAGUUGGAGCCAACUUGACAGCACCUGACAACAACAAAGCUUUCCAAGGAGUCUCUUCAAUCCAUUGAUGUCCUUCGAGAAGAAGCUUGUGAAAUCUUGGAUGAAAUGAGUCACAAACUGCGUCUGGGAGCUAUCCGUUUUUUUGCCUUCACCCUGAGCAAAGUAUUUAAACAGAUUUUCUCGAAAGUGUGUGUAAAUGAAGAAGGUAUUCAGAAACUACAACGAGCCAUCCAGGAGCAUCCAGUUGUUCUGCUGCCUAGUCAUCGCAGUUACAUUGACUUUCUGAUGUUGUCUUUUCUUUUAUACAACUAUGAUUUACCUGUGCCAGUCAUAGCAGCAGGAAUGGACUUCCUGGGAAUGAAAAUGGUUGGUGAGCUGCUACGGAUGUCAGGUGCCUUUUUUAUGCGGCGCACCUUUGGCGGCAAUAAACUCUACUGGGCCGUGUUCUCUGAAUAUGUAAAAACCAUGUUACGGAAUGGUUAUGCUCCUGUUGAAUUUUUCCUCGAAGGGACAAGAAGCCGCUCUGCCAAGACAUUGACUCCUAAAUUUGGUCUUCUGAAUAUUGUGAUGGAACCAUUUUUUAAAAGAGAAGUUUUCGAUACAUACCUUGUUCCAAUUAGCAUCAGUUAUGAUAAGAUAUUGGAAGAAACUCUUUAUGUAUAUGAACUUCUAGGGGUUCCUAAGCCUAAAGAAUCUACCACUGGAUUGCUGAAAGCCAGGAAGAUUCUCUCUGAAAAUUUUGGAAACAUCCAUGUGUACUUUGGAGACCCUGUAUCACUUCGUUCUCUGGCAGCUGGGAGGAUGGAUCGGAGCCCAUAUAACUUGGUUCCAAGAUAUAUUCCCCAGAAACAGUCAGAGGACAUGCAUGCCUUUGUCACUGAAGUUGCCUACAAAAUACAGCUUCUGCAAAUUGAAAACAUGGUUGUAAGCCCAUGGGCCCUAACAGUUACCAUUUUGCUCCAAAAUCUGCCAUCCAUGAACUUUGAUGCUCUGGUUGCAAAGACCUUGUGGCUGAAAGGUUUAACACAGGUGUUUGGAGGAUUUCUCACCUGGCCUGACAAUGAGCCUGCUGAAGAAGUUGUCCAGUCCAACAUUCUUCUGCAUUCCAACAUUGCCAGCCUUGUCAAAGAUCGGGUGGUUCUGAAAGUGGACUCGGGAGAAUCAGAAGUGGUCGAUGGACUUAUUUUCCGGCACAUCACUCUCCUCACGUGCUCAGCUUAUCGGAACCAGUUGCUCAACAUUUUUGUCUGUCCAUCCUUAGUAGCUCUAGCCCUGCAGAUGACACCUGGGUUCAGGAAAGAGGAUGUCUACAGUUGCUUUUGCUUCCUGCGUGAUGUUUUUUCAGAUGAGUUCACCUUCCUUCCGGGAAAUGUACUGAAGGACUUUGAAGAAGGCUGUUAUCUACUUUGUAAGAGUGAGACCAUACAAGUGACUACAAAGGACAUCCUGGUUACAGAAAAAGGAAAUACUGUGCUAGAAUUUUUGAUAGGACUCUUCAAACCUUUCGUGGCAUGUUAUCAGAUAAUUUGCAAAUACCUCUUGAAAGAAGACGAAGACUACUUCACUGAGAAGCAGUACUUGGCUGGAGUUAGAAAAUUUACAAGUGAGCUUCUCGAUCAAGGUACCUCUGAGUGCUAUGAUGUAUUAUCUUCUGAUGUGCAGAAAAAUGCCUUAGCAGCUUUUGUGAGACUAGGUGUGGUAGAAAAGAAGAAGGUAAAUAAUGACUGUAUACUUAAUGUGAAUGAACCUGCCACGACUAAAUUGGAAGAAAUGCUUGGUUGUAAGAUACCAGUAGGAAGACUGGUAACUGCAAAACUUUAAUAAUAUCCAGUUAUGGAAAAUUUGGUCCCAUAAUUACCAUCAUCAAAGGACUCUGUUAUCACAAACAGAGAAGUGAAGGAAAAUCCACACCUUCUCCUUCUUCAUAAGACUUUGAGAAGAGUGGACUCAGUAGAGAGGAAGAGAUGAUCAAGUUAAGCAAUCGGUGUAAUCUUCCCCAGCACAACGGUUAAAUGGGCAUUUGUAUCCAACUCCUGUGUGUUUUAAAAUAAAACAAUCUUUUGGAAACAUGUUUGGAAAAUCAAAGCCCAACUCCUAUAUCACUAAUACUUUUCAACUUAUUACAUGUAUUAAACUUUUAUGUAGAUUUGCAAAUGAAAGUACAACAUCAACACUUAAGGCUGUGGUAUUAAAAGAAAACCACUGAAAAUAGCAUAUCUUUACAUUUCUGCUGGCUUUCUAUAAUUUAAGUUGCCUCAAACAAGCACAAGUUUGACAAGAGGUAUUGGAGCCCUGGUGGCAAAGUGAUUAAAAGCUACAGCGAGCUACGGCUGCUAAACAAAAGGCCGGCAGUUUGAAUCUACCAGCCACUCUUUGGAAACCCUAUGGGGCAGCUCUGCUCUGUCCUGUAGGGUCACUAUUAUUUGGAAUCAACUCAAUGGCAAAAGGUUUGGUUUUUUUAGUAUAUAUAAUAAAUUAGCUAGCUUAUUAUUAUUA